CUUGAAUCAAAAUUUUAAAUUGGUAUUAUCAUUAACAACAACUAAGAGGGACAUUCUUCAAACAAAAAUGAAAUCAGCACCUAAAGAAAAGGGUUCUAGAGAGAGUUUAGAGUGUCUGUCACUAGGCUUCUCCUAGGUUGCCCCCUCUUCCCCCUCUCAGGUCCGGCGCCACCACUCACGGCAGCGGCCUCCGCCGGAGCCCUCCUGGUUCUGGUGGGCUUCUUGGUUUCGGCCACUUUUUUGGAUCUUGUCUCACCACUCCGGUGGUUGGGUUUCUGGGGAGGGCUAGUCUUCUGCUCGUGGCUCGGUUUGUCCGGUGAUAUCUCGCCGGAAUCUGCUCAUUCCAACACAAUGGCUGCUAGUAAGUUCGGGCGCUGGUUGGGGGGCUGGGACGAAGAUGAACGGGCCAUUUUGGGAGGUUUGGGUGGAAGAUGGCUGGACCACAUUGGAUAAUCUGGGCUCGGUGGUCGUACUUUUCGUAGGUGUAAGUUUGGUGGGAUCCUCGCCUAGCUACUUCGCAGGUGAAAGACGGAAGUGUUUGAAGCUUGUUGAAGGGGUGUCCUCCAUCGGAGUGUCAUUGCCGCUGUACUGGGAUGUGAGCAAGCCUGAGUUUAUACUUCAGGGGAUGGCCGUCGUGCUCCGCCGUCAUCUUCCCCUUUUCACUCACAACCAGGGCGAGAGUUUUCCGGCGGGGGUAGCACUGUCGUCUUCGGACUAGACGCCGGAACGGUUAGGGACUUCCUAAGUGCUUGAGAAUAAGUGGACGGGGACGCUCGUUAAUGGCAUUUCAGAUUCCCAGAGUGUUAAGGAACCUGUUUGUUCUCAUUGUUGCUCCUGAGAACUUGCAGGUCUCAUUUCUCCAAGGGUGGUGGUGUUUUUUGUGGCAGCCUGAAUGAGGUGGGUUUCCAGCGCAGAUCUUGGAUGCGGCCACCACCCAUUGCUGCUUCGUUACGGAUUCCAGGCUGGGCCAAGGCCGUCGGGGAUUUGGAGUUCGCAGUCACCGGCGGUCAACUCCCUUGGAAACUCGAUUACUCCGGUAUGUGUUUUCGUUAACCACUCUGGUUGUGGAUGCUGCUUAUUUGGGUUGUGCUUGCUUUUUCUGUUACGUCGGGCCUGGUAUUUCCGGCGUUGGGGGCUGGGAUCCUUGUUUGUUUGAUCGAAGAAGAUGACCGGGUUCCGUUCCGGAAAGUUUGAAAUUGGUUACAGGGGCUUCGUUUUUCCGGCUACUGUUGAAACGUCUCUCGUCUGCUUUCUCACCGAUGCCGCCGGGGGUCGUCGGGGCUCGACGGGGGUGGGGAGUAGUGAGGGGGAUGACGGGUUGACAGGGUUUACUUCCGGCUGGUUUUUGUCCCUCAACCGCCGAUGCCGCCGAAAUGGUUGCCGGAGCCUGGUGGGGGCGGGGGGAGGGGAGCGUUGGGGUGGGGUCGUAGUUUGACUGGCCACUGAUUGGUUAGUCUGCCGCUGACCAUUUUCGAAUUUCGAAUUGGUGUGCUGCGGCGCUGAAUUGGAAGAGAUGCUGGGCUGGUGAUUUGGGUUGAAGACUAAACCCUAGUUUGCUGGGUGCUCGCUGAGGCUACUGGGCUAUGCUUUUGGGCUUCGCUGGUCACUCUGCUGCUGUGGGCUGUUUUGGUAGGAUUUUACUCCGUUUCGGUCCAUUUUGGUUUUAUUCGAUCGGUGUUGGUCAGUUCGAUUUGUCAGUUGAUAUUUAUUUUAUUUUAUUUUUUGUUUACCCCUUGAAGCGGCAUUAAAUACUACUCCCUCCGUCCCCUAAUAUUGGUACGAAAGGGAGUUGUGUGGUUUUUAAGAAAAGUAGAAUUAUGUGGUUGGUAAUGAGUUGAUAAAGUGGAAAUAAAGUAAGAAUGAAUUAGAACCACACAAAUGUUACCAAAUAUGGUAUGGGACAAUAAUAAAGGGACAUCCAAAAAUGAAAAAAUGGGACAAUUAUAGAGGGACGGAGGGAGUCCCUCGUAUGUAGGUGUUAGUGAGGCCGUAAAUGAAUGAAACUCAUUCCGAAUUAGGGAGUAAAAAUUUUAAACUUUCUCAAAUAAAGUUCUUUUGUUUUCUAAUGUAAAAUAAGAUACAUGUAUUCCUAUGUUUGAUCUUGUUCUUGUUCAGGAUAGAUUUUUAUUGUUGUUGAAAGGUUUGUCUACUGAAGUAUCGUAAUUAAAAGUGAUAUAGUUGAACACUAGUAAAAUAGAAAGUUCAGGGUGAGAAUGAUUUAUUAAAACUUAAGGUUUUUUUAAGCCUUUUAAAAAUACACAGGAAUAAAGUGCAUGAUUUAUAUAUAACACACACGGCAAAAGAAUAACACGAUUUAUAAAAAAAUUGUUACAAACUACUCCCUCCGUUCCCUUUUAAAUGUCCCAUUUUACCAUAUUGGGAUGUCUCUAUUUAAUUGUCUCAUACCUUAUUUGGUAAAGUUUGUGUGGCUCAAAAUCAUUCUUACUUUAUUCUUACUUUAUUCUUACUUUAUCUAUUAAUAUUAACUACACAAACCUACUUUUCUUAAAACUCGUGUCACCCUCUUCCGGGACAUUUAAAAGGGGACGGAGGGAGUAUUUAGCAAAAAAAUAUCAAUAAAUUUGUGUCAAAUCCGUUAUAAUCCCGUAAUUGUUUUGUAGUAACGUGACGAUUUGGUGCAAUUUAGUUACCCACCAUCAAGAGAUGUUUGAGACUUCAAGCUUUUAUGAAGGACUCGAUCAAAUGCAGAAAUGCUUAGCUUAGACAUUUCCUCUUUAUUUCGACAUUUUGAAGCUUUUUUUUUUCUUUCAGCGGCA